AGCCCAGCCCAGCACAAUAUCCUGCUACAUUAGCAAGGUAUUUUCGACCCGGGGAUUUUUUUUUCUCCCCUCAUCCGAGACGGGAGGGAUGCUGCUGCUGCUGCUGUGAGGGAGAGAGGUGAGCGCAGUUGGAAAAGCAUUUUUUUUCUCUCCUCCAAAGCUCCUCCUCUGUCGUUGGAGAGCAGAGACUGGUCACAUUUUUUUUGCUCAAUGAGAGCAAAAGGGCACGGGAGAGGAUUUCCUAAUUUCAACCUGCUGAUGUGCCGUGCGGCUGUUUUCUCGCCUCUGUCAAAGAGGCUAAUAUGAAGACAUCAUUAGGCAAACCAGACCCUGGAAAGCAUCUACAAUCUUUCCACCUCAUUUGAAACUGAAGACGACAUCAUGCAUUGUCUCCGGUAAAGCUGCUCCCCGCUCUCCCCUCUUCCGACCCAGCCAUUGAGAGUGAGGACGCCACACGCUGCUCAGACAUGGGUUCAGAUCAACUCUGCAUGGAUUCACUAGAGAGAAGGCCCGUGUCGGGCGCAGCCUGUAGGCGGCAGGCCUACCGGUUACUGCGGAAAAAGCUGAGGCCAGUGCGAAUCUUAGGGUUCGUCCUCAGCCUGGUGGUCCUAAGUGCUGUCUCCUUCAGUGCCUUGACCUGGAGCUCAGGUGGUUUCAGUGAGCCGGUGCUCCCCCAGGAGUCGGCCCCCCACAGGACUCUACUUUCAACACAAAACCAGAGGGACGCCAAUGUGUCAGCCGACAUGCCCCUAGCCAUGAAAUCUACAGCAAAUAGCAACGACAGCCAUGGGGAUUACCCGCCAGACCUUUUCACCCUUAAUGAGAGGCGCCAAGGAGCAGUGGCCCUCCACAUGUUCGGCAUGAUCUACAUGUUCAUUGCCUUAGCCAUAGUGUGCGACGAGUUCUUUGUCCCAGCGCUGACAGUGAUCACGGAGAAGCUGACCAUUUCAGAUGAUGUAGCGGGCGCCACCUUCAUGGCGGCUGGCGGCUCAGCCCCGGAGCUCUUCACCUCCAUCAUCGGCGUCUUCAUCUCGCACAGCAACGUGGGCAUCGGGACCAUCGUGGGCUCGGCCGUCUUCAACAUCCUCUUUGUGAUCGGGAUGUGCGCCAUCUUCUCCAAGGAGAUCCUCAACCUGACAUGGUGGCCCCUCUUCCGCGACGUCUCCUUCUACAUCCUGGAUCUGAUCAUGCUCAUCAUCUUCUUCCUGGAUAACUUCAUCUCCAUUUGGGAAAGUAUCACGCUGCUCUCAGCCUACGCCGCCUACGUGAUCUUCAUGAAGUGCAACAGCACAGUUGAGAGAUUUGUCAAAGGUUGCAUGAACAAGAACCAAGUGGUAGAAGUAGAAGUACAGCCCAAGGAUGAGAAGACAAUUCCUACGACGCCAGAGGAUGACAGCAAGUUGUCGGCCAGGCCUCGGCUUCAGAGGGGGGGGAGUUCCGCCUCCCUGCACAACAGCCUGAUGAGGAACAGCAUCUUCCAGCUCAUGAUUCACACGUUGGAUCCUUUAAGUGAAGAAUUUGCUGACUCUGAGCUUGGGACUUAUGGGAAACUAAAAUAUUAUCACUCAAUGACUGAGGAAGGUAAAUUUCGAGAGAAGGCAUCAAUCCUUCACAAGAUCGCUAAAAAGAAAUGCCAAGUGGAGGACAGCGAGAAGGCCAAUGGAGUCGCGAGUCGUUCAGAUAAGAACCUUCCCAAUAGCUCCAGCGUGGAGGUGGAAGUAACACCACCGAUGAACGGCACAGCAGGUCAAGAGGGGGAGACGGCUGAGGAGGAGGAGGAGGACGACCAGCCUCUGAGCCUGUCCUGGCCCGAGUCCAACCGCAAGCGCCUCACGUACCUCUUAAUCAUACCCAUCGUCCUCCCCCUGUGGCUGACGCUGCCUGACGUCAGGAAGCCGACGGCCAAGAAGUUCUUUCCCCUCACCUUCGUGGGUGCCAUCUGCUGGAUCGCAGGCUUCUCCUAUUUAAUGGUGUGGUGGGCUCACCAGGUUGGAGAGACCAUCGGGAUUACAGAGGAGAUUAUGGGCCUGACUAUAUUAGCAGCUGGAACCUCCAUCCCUGACCUCAUCACCAGUGUGAUUGUGGCACGCAAGGGGCUGGGCGACAUGGCUGUGUCCAGCUCUGUAGGCUCCAACAUCUUCGACAUCACUGUCGGACUGCCGUUCCCCUGGCUCAUGUGGUCCUUUUUCAGCGGCAUGAAACCGGUGCAGGUCAGCUCCAACGGCCUCUUCUGUGCCAUCGUGCUCCUCUUCAUCAUGCUCCUCUUCGUCAUCAUCUCCAUCGCCGCCUGCAAGUGGCGCUUGAGCAAGCUGCUCGGCUUCAUCAUGUUCAUGCUGUACUUCGUCUUCCUGGUGCUCAGCGUCAUGCUGGAGGACAAGGUCCUCACCUGUCCGGUGUCCAUCUGAGGACCUUGGAGGAGCCGCGCCCUCUCCCUUCGUCACCGCCACAACCACCGCCGACACAACCAUCCUUCAUGUCUGCCAUCGCUCCCACCUGACCCUUGUGAUCCUUUACCCCAGGAAUAAGAGAAGAAGAAGGAGGAGAACUGGACAAGAGCAAAAUAUAAAAAUAGGAAGAAAAAAACUAUUUUCAGAAGCAGGUGGUGGCGGGGAGGGGUUAAACCAACAAGGGCACAAGACUUUGGCUUGGCUGGUUUAGCAUAGGCCCGACCUGAGUGGAUCUUUAUUCUUUAUUAUUAUUUAACUGGCAGGUGAGGAGGUGGGGGGGGG